CCCAAAGGCAACCCUCCUCCCCUCCGGCCUUUUAAUGUGAGGCCAACGAGCCGAGAGAAACAGAGAAGACAGAGGCAGAUAGUGCAAGAAAGAGAGCAGAAGGGAAGGAAAGGAAGGGAAGAAUAGAAAGGACUUGUCCUUAUUCUUCUUCUCUCAGAGCUGAAUCCAGGCGGUGGUGGUGAAUCCGAGCGUAGAAGGGGAGGGGAAGCCGCGGACGGCUCGCCUCCAUUCGUUCCUCUCGUCGGUGUUCUUGAGUCUCUUCGGGAAGAACCAGGAAGGAGAAGAAUCCAUGGCUACCAGGCAUCACGCUGUGGUUUCCCAGCAGCAGAAAGGCGCGAUUAUUCCUGCGGGCAAGCAGAAAGCUGCUGCCGGUGCAGAUGCGAAGAACCGGCGAGCCCUUGGAGAUAUUGGUAAUCUAGUCAAUGUCCGAGUUGCUGAAGGGAAGCCGCUUCCCACAGUUAAUCGGCCCAUUACCAGAAGUUUUGGUGCUCAACUCCUUGCAAACGCGCAAGCCGCCGCCGCCGCCGCCGCCGAUAAGAAGCCUGUAGUUGUUCCUGCUGAUGGAGCAGCAGUGGUUAAGGCUGCCGCAAAAGCAACUAAGAAGAUUACUGUUAAGCCAAAGCCUGAGAAAAAAGCCAUUGAGACCAACCCUGAUGAGAAAACAAAGGAAGAAUCUGAGACUAGUAGUUCCCGCAGCAGGUCUUCAAGGAAGAAGGUCAAUACACUUACUAAAGUACUUACAGCUCGAAGCAAGGCUGCCUGUGGAGUCACUGACAAACCCAAAGAUUUGGUUCCUGAUAUUGAUGCAUCGGAUGCCGAUGAUCAGUUGGCUGUAGUGGAUUAUGUUGAAGAUAUCUACAAGUUCUAUAAACUUGCUGAGAACUCUUUCCGGCCGCAUGACUACAUGGACUCACAAGUGGAGCUCAAUGCGAAGAUGAGAGCAAUUCUGACCGACUGGCUGAUCGAAGUGCAUCACAAAUUCGAGCUACAGCCUGAGACUCUAUACCUGACUUUCUACAUCAUUGAUCGCUACCUUUCAAAGGAAAUAGUCAUGAGGAGAGAACUCCAGCUUGUGGGAGUCUCUGCCAUGCUAAUUGCGUGCAAGUACGAGGAGAUAUGGGCUCCAGAGGUCAAUGAUUUCAUUUGCAUAUCAGAUAGGGCCUAUACCAGAGAGCAAAUACUAGUCAUGGAGAAAGGAAUUCUGAACAAGCUGGAAUGGAACUUAACCGUUCCCACGCCUUACGUAUUUCUUGUGAGAUUUUUGAAGGCUGCGUUAUGCGACGAAGAGAUGGAGCACAUGGUUUUCUUCUUUGCUGAGUUAGGUCUGAUGCAGUACUCCAUGAUCAUGUUCUGCCCAUCAAUGGUUGCUGCUUCUGCUGUUUAUGCAGCUAGAUGCACUCUUAAGAAAAGCCCACUUUGGACUGAAACACUCAGGCACUACACAGGGUUCUCUGAGCCACAGCUAUUGUAUGCAGGACUGUGCACAAAUUUUGGUGAACUCUCACUCAGAGGCACCAGAGAGCAAGCUGAAGGUUGUGUACAAGAAGUAUUCAAGUGAGCAAUUUGGAGCUGUGGCUUUGCAACCCCCAGCAACAAAACUGUUGGAAGAGUUGUUGGAUGCUUCAAGGAAGAAGAGUUAAAAUGCUUCAAGGAAAGUGAUCUGGGAGAAGUGAUGCUGGAUUACCCACUGGUAAUUAAUAUAUAUUUGUUUCUUUGUUUCCAGAGAGAUGAAUCAGUGAGGAAAAGAAGGUGCUGAAUCAUCCAAGUUGAUGAUACAGAGGGAUUCCUUUUGUCUGUUUUUGGUCCCUACUCUUCACUCCAGAGUUUUAUUACUUUGAAGGAAGCAAAACAGUUUACUGCAUUCUUUUAAUGUGCAUAUAGUUUGCUGCCCAUUGGUUGUUGAGACGUCUGAUUUUUAUGAAGCAGCUUUUUGUCGAAGCAUAAUGAUAUAUAUAUUUUUAUCCAA